AUGGCUAGCGCGGACACUUCGGCCGCUGCGCAGCCGGGGGACGCCAAGGACGGGCGCUCCGGCCCCAUGGCGCUCAACCCCGGAGUGCCUAUCAGAGGGAUACGGAUGAAAUUCGCCGUGCUCGCCGGCCUGCUGGAAGUUGGGGAAGUUUCCAACCGAGACAUUGUGGAGACCGUCUUCAACCUGUCAGGAAUUUGCAGCAGAGGGAAGAAGAACGAGUCUCACUCUACUCCGUGGAUCUCGCACUUCUCUCUUCUCAGCUCGCGUUGGCUGCUUGGCUCCUCAGCCAUGAUUAAUUCAGGGAGACCUCUGGAGAGAACAGCCAGGCAGGGUUACCCAGCCAGGCAUCUGCUGGUUGGUGGUCAGUUUGACCUGGAAAUGAACUGCAUCAUCCAGGAACCAGAGAGCAUUGUGUGCAUGGUGGAGCUGCUGGACAAAUGCGAGCCCAACUGUCAGGCCGAGAUCUGGAGCAUCUUCACCGCCAUCCUAAAGAAAAGUGUCCGGAACCUUCAGGCAUGCACUGAUGUGGGGCUGAUCCAGCAGGUGCUCCAGCAUAUUUCCGUGACUGACAGCAUGAUUGCAGACCUGCUGGUGGACAUGUUGGGUGUGCUUGCCAGUUACAGCAUCACAGUGAGAGAGCUGAAGCUUUUCUUCAGCAAGCUACAAGGGGAGAAAGGCCAGUGGCCGCGCCAUGCAGUCAAGCUUCUGUCGGUGCUUAAGUACAUGGCUCACAGGAACGGCCCAGACUCUUUUUUCAGCUUUCCAGGGAAAAAUGCAGCCGCAAUAGCUCUGCCCCCCAUAGCUAAAUGGCCAUAUCAGAAUGGAUUUACAUUCCACACGUGGCUGCGAAUGGAUCCUCUCAACAACAUCAAUGUGGACAAAGACAAGCCUUAUCUGUACUGUUUCCGUACCAAUAAAGGAAUGGGUUACUCUGCACAUUUUGUGGCCGGCUGCUUGAUAGUAACCUCUUUGAAAUCAAAGGGCAAAGGAUUUCAGCACUGUGUAAAGUAUGACUUCAAACCACAGAAGUGGUACAUGGUGACUCUGGUUCACAUCUACAAUCGCUGGAAAAACAGUGAAAUCAGCUGUUAUGUGAACGGAGAACUGGCUUCCUUUGGAGACAUGGCUUGGUUCGUCAACACCAGUGAUACUUUUGACAAGUGUUUCCUUGGAUCGUCUGAGACAGCGGAUGUGAACCGUGUGUUCUGUGGACAGAUGGGGGCAGUUUACCUUUUUUCAGAAGCUCUCAGCGCUGCUCAGAUCUUUGCCAUCUAUCAGCUGGGUCCAGGCUACCAGGGAACAUUCAAGCACAAGGCCGAGAGUGACUUGUUGUUUGCGGAGCAUCAUAAGACCAUACUGUAUGAUGGCAAGCUGUCCUCUAGUAUUGCCUUUGCGUAUAACCCUCGAGCCACAGAUGCCCAGCUCUGCCUUGAGUCCUCUCCCAAGGACAACGCCUCAAUUUUCGUCCACUCACCUCAUGCACUCAUGCUGCAGGAUGUGAAGGCUGUGGUGACACACUCAGUCCAGAGUGGCAUACACUCCAUCGGUGGUGUGCAGGUCCUCUUCCCCCUGUUUGCACAGCUGGAUUACUGCCAGCCUUCCAGCCAAGAGCUGGACACCUCUGUUUGCUGCACUUUGCUGUCGUUUGUAAUGGAGCUCUUGAAGAACUCAGUGGCUAUGCAAGAGCAGGUCUUGGCCUGCAAAGGCUUUCUCGUCAUUGGCUACACAUUGGAGAAGUCUUCCAUGGUGCAUGUGACGCGCCCCGUCCUGGAGAUUGUUCUGGCCUUUUCCAGAUACCUUAGCAACUUGCAGAACGGCAUCUUGCUGCUCAAGCAGCUUUGUGACCAUAUCCUAUUCAACCCAGCCAUCUGGAUCCAUGCCCCGGCCAAGGUGCAGCUGACACUCUAUACCUACCUGGCAACAGAGUUCAUCAGCACAGUUACUAUCUACAAUGCCAUUCGCAGGGUGGGCACUGUGCUCCAGGUCAUGCAUACACUAAAAUACUACUACUGGGUUACAAACCCUCAGGACCGCAGUGGAGUCAUCCCUAAAGGCCUUGACGGCCCUAGGCCAAGCCAGAAGGAGGUACUGUCUUUGCGAGCCUUUCUGUUGCUGUUUGUCAAGCAGCUAAUUAUGAAGGAUCAUGGAGUGAAGGAAGACGAGCUGCAGAGUAUCCUCAACUACCUCCUGACCAUGCACGAGGAUGACAACCUCAUGGAUGUGCUGCAACUGUUGGUUGCUCUAAUGUCUGAACAUCCAGGAUCGAUGGUUCAAGCGUUUGACCAGCGAAAUGGAAUUCGCGUGAUUUAUAAGCUUUUGGCCUCAAAAAGUGAGGGAAUAAGAGUCCAAGCUCUCAAGGUCAUGGGCUACUUUCUGAAAAGCUUGCCACCAAAGAGGAAAGCUGAGGUCAUGCUGAGUCAUGGCCUGUUCUCCCUGCUCACCGAACGCCUGAUGCUCAACUCCAGCCAGUUCACCAUGACGACCUACAAUGCACUCUUUGAGAUUCUUACGGAGCAGAUCUGCACUCAAGUGAUCCAUAAACAGCAUCCGGACCCCGACUCCACUGUGAAGAUUCUCAACCCGCAGAUUCUGAAGGUAAUAGCUGCCCUUUUGAAGAACUCUCCCCCUUCCCCCGAGAGCAUGGAGGUGCGCAGGGUGUUUCUGUCAGACAUGAUCAAACUGUUCAAUAACAGUAGGGAGAACCGCAGGAGCCUGCUGCAGUGUUCGGUAUGGCAGGAGUGGAUGCUCUCUCUGUGCUUCAUUAACCCGCGAAACAGCGAGGAGCAGAAAAUCACAGAGAUGGUCUACGCCAUCUUCCGCAUCCUGCUCUACCACGCCAUCAAAUACGAGUGGGGCGGCUGGCGCGUCUGGGUGGACACCCUGUCCAUCACCCACUCCAAGGUGACCUUUGAGCAGCACAAAGAGAAUCUGUCACGCAUGUUUCGUCAGUACCAACAUCAGGAGUCUACAGGCUCCCGGAGCUCAAUACGCACAAUUUCUGGUGUAAGCCAAAACUCGGAUUCCAUGAGAUGUGUUAAUGGGCCACCUGCGGAAGAGACGGCGCCCUCCACUGUCAUUGAACUUACAGUGGACGAAGUGCCCCCGAAAUCUAUGGACUCAGCAUCUAGUUCCACCAUCACCUCCAGGCCAGCGGAGGCCAGCGAGGACAGAGGACACGCAUCUAUCAGUGUGUCCAACAUUCUGUCCACGGCAGCAGAGGAAGAGCAGGAGAUGGUGGAGGAGUCGACCAGAGAUGGUUCAGCUGCAGUGAUCAAGAAAACACAGGCAGAGGAGCGGAGUGAAGAGAUCAGCAACAAAGGAGCCACUGGUGAUGAGUCUGAAACUGAGCAACACGGCAACCAACCGGAACCAGCUGACACAAAAGCAGGGGACGCGGUCAGAGACUCUGCAUCUGAGAGCGACCUAUCACAAAUCCCCACGACAGAUGAGGAAAAGUCAGAGUGUGAACACAACACAGGUGAAUCGUCAAAUCUCAAAGCAGAAGAUUCUUUAAAUGAAGGAGAUGGAGAAGGGCUAGAUAGUUCUAAACAAGGAGAUGGGAUCCAAAUGUCCCCUGAACCCGCUGCCUGUCUGGAGAACCCUGUGCUGGGUGGAGCUUCUGGCCUUAAUGAGGACUUGGUUGACGUGUCCACUGUUAGCGACCAGGUCCAUCCCAGUGAUGCUGAUGAUAGUCAAGAGGAGUCCUCAUAUGCCUCUGCUGCGACUGGAGACGAGGGCGAGGUUGGAAAAAAGGAGUUUGAGGGUAAAAUAAGUGAUCAGGAAGAGCAGGAGAUUAAAACUGAGGACGAAAACAAAGACAAGCAGGAUAUUGAAACACAAGAAGAAAAGAGUGAACCUGUAAAGGAACAGGAAAGUCAGACUCCUCCAGCUGAAACACUUGAACUAAGCGGCACAGAAGCACCCAAAGACAAUGCUGGAGACGCAGAGUCUUCCUCUCCAAGUGAAACUGCUGCUGCAGACCAGCAGCCCUCAGAUGCCAUGCAGGAGGCGGCAGCAGCUCCAGAUGCCGCCUCACCAAGCCAGCCCUCAGACAUCAGCGGCACCUCUGCAGGAGAGACCCCGUCCAGUGCCCCUGACAAUGGCACCACUACCUCUGACACCUGCAAGACCACCGACUCUGUCAGCAAGGCCAAAGAGAUAAAAAUUGCCCGACUGGAUGUGUCCAAUGUGGCCUUGGACACGGAGAGACUUGAACUGAAGGCGACAUCUACUCCAGAAACAAGCCAAGGCCAGACGGUCGCCUCAGGAGCAGGAGAAGCAGCAGGUUCCCCCAGCCAGCCCAGAGAGAGUAGCAGUUCAGCUCCUCGCUCCACCAUGUUCCGUAUCCCAGAAUUCCGAUGGUCCCAUAUGCAUCAGCGCCUCCUCACUGAUCUCCUCUUCUCGAUCGAGACAGAUGUGCAGAUGUGGAGGAGUCACUCCACAAAGACAAUCCUGGACUUUGUGAACAGCAGUGAGAACGUUGUGUUUGUCCACAACAGCGUACACCUCAUCUCCCAGGUGGUGGACAAUCUCAUUAUGGCUUGUGGAGGCAUUCUACCACUGCUCUCUGCUGCAACAUCUUCCUCUCAUGAACUAGAGAACAUUGAGCCAUCUCAGGGUUUGGCGGUGGAAGCCUCUGUCACCUUUUUGCAGCGCCUCAUCAACCUCGCAGACGUUCUCAUCUUUGCCAGCUCCCUAAACUUCACAGAGAUAGAAGCUGAGAAGAAUAUGUCUUCUGGAGGCAUCCUGCGGCAGUGCCUUCGCCUCGUGUGUGCUAUGGCAGUGAGAAACUGUCUGGAGUGCCAGCAAGCCCAGUUUAAGCACGAGGCUGAAGGCUCAGCUCGCAGCUACACAGCCAUGCCCAGCUCUAGUCCUGUUGAUGCAGUGACGGGUGGCAUGUCCCCAGUCAGAGAUUUAGACCGGCUCCUCCAGGACAUGGACAUUAACCGGCUCAGGGCGGUUGUCUUCAGAGAUAUCGAGGACAGUAAGCAGGCCCAGUUUCUGGCUCUAGCUGUAGUCUACUUCAUCUCAGUCCUCAUGGUGUCCAAAUACCGUGACAUCCUGGAGCCGCACAAUGACAGUAAACACCCCCAUCGCUCUCAGUCUUCGAAAAGCACAGACAGUGGUGCCGCUUCAGGUGGAACAGAGGUGGAGAAUGGCUUCUCUCUCAGGCGGUACGACUCUGGUAUCGGUGACGACCCCACCUCAACUGCAGUGAGCGAAGCAGAUCUGUCGUCUUCUGGUGCAACUCAUGGCCCAGACGCCAUCUCAGAGGCCCUGUCCACACUGUCAUCUGAGGUCAAACCUGCUGUGUCUGCUGACUCAAAGGGCAAGAACGUGAAGGACAUUCUUCGAAGCCUAGUGAGCGCUCCUGCGGAUGAUAUCACAGUAGAUCCAAGUUUACUGCCUCCAGCGUUUCUCGGUCCGAUCGGGGAAGUGGCCAGAGAACCGUCCCUGCAGUUCCGCUCAUUCGAUAGAAGUGUUGUCGUCGCACCCAAGAAAGUGGGCAUGACGCCAUCUCCAGGAGCGUCCAGCUCUGUGCCGACAUCCACCGCUGCCUCUGUGUCGGGAGCAGCCGUGGAAAGCGUUGCCGUGGUGUCCUCUGGUGACGCGUCUCAGGGCACCUCCGCAGACUCCGCAGCUGCAGGCGGCCAGGUUCCAGCCAGCACUAGCCUGCCAUCUGUCCCCCCACUCUCCCCUGUGACCCAGAACACAGCCCCCAAUAUGAGUAUCUCAGAACGUCUAGAACAUGCUCUGGAAAAGGCAGCUCCUCUGCUGAGGGAGAUCUUUGUCGACUUUGCCCCCUUCCUCUCUCGCACCCUGCUGGGCAGUCACGGACAAGAGCUGCUCAUUGAGGGCACCAGCCUGGUGUGUAUGAAGUCCAGCAGCUCAGUGGUGGAGCUCGUCAUGCUUCUGUGUUCUCAGACUCGCCUUGUGCACAGUAAAUCCACAGCAGCCUUAUCUUUCCUCCACCCCACCUUGUCUACCCCUCCACAUUCAAUCCUUUCACCUAUAUGGAGAACAGAGAAAUCAGAGAAAAAGGCGUCUUCAACUCCAAAUAUUGGUUUGAGGGUCAAGGGUGGACGACCUGUCCACAUCACCUUUGACCCAUUGGCCGGCCCUUGUGGCCUGGACCAAACUGAUGAGGAGGGAUAA